AUGCCAGCAACGAAAGAGGGUCGAGUCAUGAAGGCCAAGAAAGCUCAUCGGUCGGUAGAAACCCCCACCAGACGCGUCUCGGGUGCCGCCAAAAGCCUGCCGCUGGUUGAGCGGACAAAUGAACUCACCAUCGAGGAAUUCGCAACUCGAUACGUGACUCCGCUCAUCACAGGGACGCAGGAAGACACCCAAAGUGACUCUCUUGAAAAGAAGACGUCUAUCGCGGCUGAAACACCACAGCUGGAUGUGUAUUCCGCAGCAACCAUCUCCCGCGCCGAUCUGGAAGCAUGUCUCGAUCUAGUCGAAUUCACAUCUGGCGCAGACUACGCCUCUUCAGGCGUAGGCUGGUCUCGCCCCAAGAAGCGCAAAGAAAUGAAACUCCCCGAUAUGAAAUACCUGAUCCUGCGGGGCGACACGGGACACGCCUCGGAUGCAUCGCAGCGCGAUGACCCCGAAGAAUCCGACAAGCCGAGCUCACCAUCGGGUCUCGGGAAUCACUCCAAUGUACUCGGCUUUUUGUCGUUUAUGGUUACAUACGAGGAUGGGAAAGAGGUUGUUUAUUGCUACGAGAUCCAUUUGUCGCCGAGGGCCCGGGGUCGGGGCCUCGGUGUGUUGUUGAUGACGCGGAUGGAGGAGAUUGGCCGGCUUAUCGGGUUGGAGAAGGCCAUGUUGACGGUGUUCAAGUGCAAUGCCACAGCUAGGAGGUUUUAUGAAAAGGGUGGUUAUGAGGUGGAUGAGUAUUCGCCGCAACCGCGGAGGUUACGGAAUGGGACGAUUAAGGAGUUUGAUUAUUUAAUUUUGUCCAAGCGGCUGGGGGACUGA